AUGAGCUUCCAGACCACAGACUCGAAGAAGGAAGAGUUCAGAAAAUACCUAGAAAAGAGCGGCGUCAUUGACCAGCUGACUAGAGUCCUUGUAGGACUUUAUGAAGAGCCAGAAAAGCCUUCCAAUGCAAUUGAGUAACAUUUAUUUAGCUUUAUAAAGCGUUAUCUUGGAACACCUUCAGAUAUUGACACUGAAACUUUGAGGGCUGAGUACGAGGCAUUGAAGGAAAGAAAUGCACAACUUGAAAGAGAAGUGGAAGAGCUCAGGCAAGAGUUAGAAAACUUAAGACCUACUGAAUAA